UGCAGGUGUUUUGUUUGUUGCCUAGCAAAGGUUGUAUUGUAUACACCGUACACGUUGUGUAUAGCGAGCUUGCUACACACGAUCACAUUCCAGCGAUUUUCGUCGUUUGCUGCGAUUUCGUGAAAUUUUAUGACAACUGAAAUAGAAAAGAGAGUUUUUACCACGAAAUAAAAUCAAGAAAUGGCGUAUUACAGUAGAGACCGUGUUGAAGAUGGUCUCCCAAGACUGUCUGGUGGAGGAGGAGGAAGAGCAGCAGAUUUGCGACUUUUAGACGAUGAAAUUCAACGUCUUGUUCACAAUCGGUCAGCUCCACCUUCUGGAUCGCCUAACACCCCGUCCUAUGCGAGCCCUAUGCAGUCUAGAAAACUGGUACAAGAUCUACAUGAACAAGUCAAGCUGUACAAAACAGAAGCAGAAAAGAAAGACAAACUCAUUCAAGACUUAUCAAGAGGUGACAUCUUGGCACACAGGAAACAUGUUGCAUUUGAAGACAAGUCCAGCCGUAUGUACUCAGAUUCCAUACUAUCUUCUAAGCUCUCACAACUCAAGUUUCAAGCAGAAGCAGCGCCCAAGAGAGACUUGGCUAUUCUGCAUCUCAAAAAUGAACAACUCGAAACUGAGCUCGCUGAGGCUCAGGCCAAGAUUGCUGCUCGUGAACUCCAGCUGAAAGAAGUCAGCUCCCAGUUGGAGCACCAGCAAUCCGAUGCAGCCCAGCACCUCGCUAUCAUCCAAUCCCUGAGGGAUCGCGUGGGUGACCUCAGCAACCAGAGUGGGGUCCUGGAGGGGGCGCACGCCAGGGGCGGGUACACCAUCGAUGCACUCCAGAAGGAGUCCAGUGCCCAGGCGGAGAGGAUACUGGAGCUGGAGGCCAGGAUCCGGGACCUGACCACGGAGCGGGAGGACUCGGAACAGAAGUCAAGGAUGGUGCAGAGGAAGUUUGAUGAGGUGUUCUUGCAGCUGAGGGGAGCCAUCAAGCUGGAGAGUGAUUCUCCUGAGAAGAUGCUAGACAAGGUGAAUGACCUUGCCCAGGAGAACAUCAUGCUGCGAGGAAGGCUUUCCACAUUGAAUGAAGCCCUGAACGGCAGUGAGCUUGAGUCUAAGGCCAGCAGAGAGACCAUUCAGAGACUGGUGGGAGAGAUUGAACGAGAACAGAAGACCUACGUGGAGAAGGCUACCUCAGUGGAAAAGUUGAAAAUGGAACGUGACAUUGCUACCCGAGAUCGAAACCACCUGGAUGCUGAGAACCGAUCUCUCCGUGAGCGCCUGGAUGCAAGCCAGAGCAUGUGGUCUAAUCGCAAGCAGGAGCUGGAGGAGAGAGAGGCUAGGUUAUCACACCUCAGCAAAGAGUUCAAGACUAUCGAGUUUGACUCCCAGGUGGCCAAGACGGAACUCAAGUCUUUCAAGGAGUCCCUGGCUCUCUUGCUCUCGGAGGGAACUUCCAACUGCCAGCUGCAUGAUGAUGUUAUCAAGGAGAGAAUCAAAGCUCUUCAGAUCGCCUCCAGGGAGAAUAACACGCAUGUAGAUGCACUGGGAGGCAAAGUGAGACAACUUUCUGAGCAGCUUGAAAGUCAAGCCAACCUUCACCAGGCAGCCAUCAGGCGGGCCAGGGAGGCCGAGGGGUGCUUCGAUGACUACAAGGACAGGGUCCGGACUCUGGAAGGUGGACUGGCCUCGAGCGAUGCCCUCAGGGACAACCUACGAACGGAGAGACAGAAGUACAUGGCAUUCCUGGAGAGGUUGGCAAAUGUUAUGAACAUGGAUGCUGUCUGCAAGGAUGUUGGUUUUGAUAUGAAUGGUGAGGCACUCCUUGCACGUGCUGAACAGCUUGCCAGUAGAGAGGGUGGUGUCCUGGCCGACAAGAAUACUCAUGUUUAUACACUCCAACGAAAGGUCAAGACCCUGAAGCAACAGCUGGAGAGCAAGGACCUUCACCUGGAUCUCAUGCGUAAGAAGGUGGCUAACCUGGAGGAAGGGGUGAUGGGACGCUCCAACAUCCAGAAGGACAAGGAGGAGAUGGAGUGGAGCUACAAGAAGCUAGGCAAUGAGAACGACAGGCUCCGUUCGGAGCUGGCCCGUGCUAAGAAGAUUGUGGUGGAGCUCAAGGCAGAGAUGAUGGAUGUCAGCAACAUCAAGCUCUCCUCGAUGCACCAGAAUGCCACCAUAGAAGAGCUGCAGAAGAUAGUAGAGAAGUUGGAGAAGAUCAAGGAGAAACAAGCUCGUAAGCUUGCCGGGAUGAAGCAAGAACUGGACUUCACCGAGCAUGAGGCCAACGAGACCAAGGUCCGCUCCGAGCAUUCCAUGGGUUCUAUGACCGAGGAGCUCCAUGCCACCAAGCUGCUGCUGUCCGACAUCCAACGUCGAGAUCAGCAGCUGACGGACUUCAGACAGGUCAUCGCCAGGAUGCUGGGGAUGGAUGUUGCCGUCCUGGCCGUUCCUGACUAUGAGAUCAUCGCCAGGCUUGAGAAGGUGAUCCAGGCGCAUCACUCACAUGCUAUCACCAGUCUUGGGAUGGAGAAUACCCUGACAGACAUGGAGAGAGGGUUCAAACAAGGCUACCAUGAGUCAUCCACUCUCCUUGCCGGGAACACCAGGAUGAGCAGGUCAGGGACACGCACUCUAUCACCUACCAGAAAGAAGGUUGUUCGUACUGAAGUCUACUAAAAGCUGAAAUCACCUAAACGUUAUCUAAUAAGAGAAUAAUAUUGUUUCUUUCUAAUAAAUGCUCUCAAAUAUUGACAAAUUAUAUAAUAUUUUUCUCUCUAAUCUGGAAAAUAGAAAGAAGUAAUGAUUGGAUUCUCUUGUGUAUAAAGUUGUGAACAAAACCAAGGUGCCAGAAUUGAACAAAAUUGCCACUGAGUCAGAACAGUACCUUUCAAAUGUCACUAAUGUACAUUUUGUGAGUUACUU